AUGGGGGAGCUGGGGUGGUCAGAUCUUGGUGAGAAGCUGGCAUUUGAGAAAAGCCCCAAAGAAAGACAAAGUGAGCACGCAGCACCCAAAGGACCAGCGUUUUAUGUGGAGAGAAUAGGCAACUGUGAGGUCCAGAGGCUAGGCGGGCCUGGGGAUUUGUGGAACAAGAAGGUCAGUGCAGCAGUGGCACGACGCCGGGUGCGGCCCGCAGGCCAGCUGCACGAUGGGGCUGAGUUCAGCCCUCCGACCCUCUCCGCGUCUCCGUCUGGGACCCGCUGCAGCCGCUCCCGAAACACGCGUGAGAAGGGGACCUGCGCGGCAGAGGGGUCGUCAGAGCACGCGCGGUCUCCCCUAAAGGGACUCCCUGAAAAGCGCGCAACUCCUGCCAGCGCCCAGCUCCGCGUCCUCGCACCUCCAGAGGUGCGCUCUGCGGGACCCGCCGCGGUAGGAGCCCGCAGCAGGGCGUCUCUGCCCGGGGGUCUCCUUCCCUGCCGGCUCUUCUUGGGGUCAGUCAGUCCUCUGCCGAGACUUCGACCCUCCUGCCGCACUUGCCACACUUGUGUGAUUUUUCAGAGGCUCCGCAAUGGCCCUGCCGCUUCCUUCACCCAUACCCUUGGGAAGAAUUCUGGCGAAGAAUCCACACGCAGCUGUCUCUUCCGCAGAGUGGCUGAGUGGCCGUCUGCAGGGUCCGAGGCGCGGCCGGGAGCAGACACGCUGCGAUCCGGUGUCAAGGGACCAUUUCCCACGUCAGAGGUUCUCACCAAGUCACUAAGCUGCUUAGGCUGGCCCUGGACCUGUGGACCUCCUACUUCAGUAUCCUGGGGGUGCUGGAAACACAGCCAGGGCCUGGAAACCCCAGGAAACGCUUCCAAGCAGUCACCGCCACGGCACCCCACGUGACAGCCGGAGGUUCCGGGCCUCUUCCCAGGCAGCUCUCACACGGGCCAGGUCUGCAGAGCUCACCACCCGGAGGGCAAAGAGUGAGAGUCAUGUUCUUCUAUGUGAUUAGAGAGGUUGCUGUGUUCCUCGCUGCUACUUACACGCACUGUGUCCCUGUGAUGAAUGUAAUCAGUAUGUGCCACCAACGCAUUAAUAAAAAUAAAAGUUAAAUAUACAGAUGCUUCUAUUACAGCUUUUCUAUAUAGGCAGAGCCUAAAGUAAUUUUAAGAUUUACUUAGACAAAGGAAUAAGUAACCAACCGACAAAGUCAGAGAAACAAGAUGGUACAACUGAAUGCUAGUGACUGCACGAGACUAACAUCUGAAUUGGUAGACAGAAAAACCGAGCGGAUGACCUGCCUUAAUGUGGUGGGCUUAGCUGAAGAGCUAAGGAGAACAAAACUUGUGAAGCACUUUCUAUACCCAAUUGUCUUCCAGAUGGGACAUUGGUCUUUUCCUGCCUUUGAGCUCAGACUCAGAUUAGAACUCACAUCACUAGAUUUCCUGUUUUUCAAGACUUUGGAUUCAGACUACAACUAUGCCAUUGACUUUCUUAGGUCUGAACAUCUGAGCAAUCAAAACUGAAUAAGCAAGUUCCUUUUAAUAAAUCUCUUUCUCCAACUCCACACAUAAUACUGAUAUCCACUUAUACACAUCAUGUUGGUCCUGUUUCUCCUGAGAACUCUAACCAAGGCUGAUCUCUGUGCCAAGAAAUGGGGGCAACUGUGACAAAAAAUGUGGAAAUAGCUUUGCAAUGGGUAGAGGCCAGAAGAGCUUUCAGACAUCUGCAUGUUUUCCCCAGGGCCUGCUUUCAGGUGAAUCCUAGGGAGGUGAUUUGAGGAAGCGAGGGAGAGGAUUUGGAGUCAUCCUAUAGCACACGGCUGAUCUCAGUAGGCUGGGUGGCUAAGGCAGGAAGAUGACAGUUAUGAGCCCAGCCUGGGCAAUUUAGUCA